AUGGAAUCAAUCUCAAAUCUUCUCCCAAUCUCAAAUCUUCUCUAUCUCAUCCCCAAAAUUUCUCACAUGAAUGAUAAUGGUGAGUCGUUAGUGGAUCGCCCAAAGCAAUAUCAGAAGUCAGGAAGAGUUUCCCAGUUGGAACCCUCGAAAUUAAAGAAGGAAGGCCAAUAUCGCAUACCGCAUCAACAAUUUCGAAGAAGGAAAGCUCAGAUUCGAACCUAUUCGGUAGAGGCCGAUACAAAUUCUGGGCAUUGGCUGCAAUUUUGCUUCUCGCUUUUCUGGUCAAUGCUCAUCGGCACCGUCACUCUCCAUUGGUCCGCUAGCAAUCUCAACUGCAUCUUCGUUGUAAAUUUGCAGUCCAGGCUUCAUUGGGACCACCCGGUUAUGCAUACUAGGUGA